AUGUCGAACUUCCUCGCCCACGACAAACACCACAACCCCUCCACAGGGCAGAUCCCCGUGCCCCACGGGCCGGAGACCGGCGAUGAGGGCUACAACUACCCGCCCCACGCCGGCGUCACCUCCGACGAGGAGCGCCAGAUCUUCAACUACAUCACACAUCCGGACGACAGCUACACACCAGAGGGCGUCUACUGGGCCGACCUGCCACUGUCCAAGCGCAUCAAGUUCGUCACCUCGGUCGACAAUGCCGAGGCCAAGAAGGAGCUGUCCCAGAUCGGCACCAUGAUGAAGAAGGACCCUCUGAGCCCUCUGAGCUGGUACUGGCACAACGCCAUUCUUCCAGGGGCCGGUCUUGGCCUCGAGGGUUACGUCCUGUUCUCAAUCGGAAACCUGAGCAGCUACUUCGCCGCCACGGAUGGCUGGAAGGAGUGCUGGGGUAGCAAGACGGACGACGGCGAGUGCUCUGUAAACUGGAUCGCCGCUGUCACCUACCUCGAGGUUGUCGGUAUCAUGGUCGGUCAAGUUGCUGUCGGUAUUAUCGGUGACUGGGUUGGUCGGCGGUUCGGUCUGAUUCAGGAUGCGCUCAUUAUGGUUCUCGGUCUCGUCAUGCUUACCGCCUCCUGGGGCACCACCCUUGAGGGCUGGGUCAUCUGCUACGCCUGGUCCCUGUUCGUCUACAGCUUCGGUGUCGGUGGCGAGUACCCAAUGACCGCGACGUCCUCUAUGGAAGGUGCUGUGGGGGCCGGAAAGGUUUCAACCCGCGAGGACCGCCUGCACCGUGGCCGCAAGGUCACCACCGCCUUCCUGAUGCAGGGCUGGGGCCAGCUCGCCAACCAGGCCCUGCUGAUCAUCCUGCUGCUCAUCUUCCACCACGGCCAGGGCGACGGCCCCUACGGUGCGCAGAGCACCCAGGUCGUCUUCCGCCUGUCCUUCGCCAUCCCCGCCGUCGGCACCCUCUGGCUCGCCUACUACCGUGCCUACAAGAUGCCCCAGGCAUCGCGGCAGCUGCAGAUCGCCAAGAAGAAGAACAAGGUCACGGGCUACGACGUCAACUCGCUGCGCCUGACCUUCAAGUACUUUGGUGGUCGGCUGCUGGCCACGGCCGGCUGCUGGUUCUGCAACGACGUCUUCUUCUACGGCAACAAGCUGUUCCAGUCGCAAUUCAUCGAGGUCAUCAGCGACAACUCCAAGUCGGUCAUGACCAACUGGAUCUGGAACCUGUACAACAUCAUCGUCGCUCUCGCUGGCUACUACCUGGCGUCCUUCCUGAUCGACAACAAGCUGUACGGCCGCAAGAACAUGCAGCAGAUCGGCUUCCUGGUGUGCUUCCUGACCUUCGUGAUCCCGGCCUUCAAGCUCGACUACUACACCUCGCCCGCGGGUAUCCACUCCUUCCAGGCCAUGUACUACCUGUCGUCCUUCUUCAACCAGUUCGGCCCCAACGCCGUCACCUUCCUGGUGGCCGCCGAGGUAUUCCCCACGCCUGUCCGCGCGUCGGCGCAUGGUUUCUCAGCGUGCAUGGGCAAGGCCGGCGCGCUGCUGGCCUCGGUGCUGUACAACUACAUCGACACGCAGAUGCGAUUCUACGUGGUGCCCUGGUUCGGCCUCGCGGGCAUGGUCAUGACGUGGCUGUGGCUGCCCGACACGACGGGGCUGGACCUCAAGGAGCAGGAGCGGCGGUGGCGGUACAUCCUCGAGGGCCGCGAGGAGGAGUACCACGGCAUCGCGGUGCACCCGAACCACCUCAGCCUGUGGGAGCGCUGGAUGGGCGUCGGCAAGCACUACAACCCGGACCUCGACCUGAAGCAGAAGAUCGAGGACCUGCGCCGCGACUGGGAGGCGCAGGAGGCCGAGAAGCGCGAGAAGGAGCUCAAGGGCGAGCAGGUCCUGGCCGACGACGAGUUCACCGACGAGGCGCACGCCUACUUCCAGCGCACCAGCUCGCGCGACGGGGCUGUCGGCGGUACUGAAUCGGGCAACGGCGUGUUGACGAGUGAAAAGGUCGACGAGAAGCUCCGUGAUUGA